AUGAAGGCUGCCUUCCGCGGCUUGCGGCGCAAGGCGUCUGCGGGCGACGUCGAGAACCAGCGCCAGGCCCAGCUGGCCGCCGAGGCCCAAGAGGAACGGCCCCAGGUUCCCCGGCUGCCGGACCUCGGUCGGGCGAGCCCGAUGCCCUCGCUCCGCUUCUCUGGGCUCGGCCUAGACAACUUUGUCUCGAACGUCGGUCUGGGUGCCGACGCCUCGGCGCUCGAGAUGGAAGACGAGCUGAGCGAGCUCGGGCGCAGCUCUUCCCGCCCCGCCACUGCGGAUGCAGCCGACGAGGAAAAUGCGCAGGCGAGGCGGGCCACAGGCCUCGUCGUCGCCGUCGCCGGCGCCCCCGACAGCCGACUGGCUUCGCAACCACCGUCAUCCGCACCCGCCACCGCCGGCCCCCAACAAUUUCCCCGGCGCACCUCUCCGGACCAGCCCCAGCAACGGUCACAGCCGCCCCCUCACACCCAGUACCACCUGCUCGACGUCGAUACCGCACCGGAAGCGCCGGCCAUGCCCCGCUCCGACUCGCUAGCACGGGCCGCUGCCGACGGCGGACGGACCAGGCCGCCCCGCACCAGGACCGGAAGCAAGAAGAGCGACCCGAGACAGGACUUUCACCUGCUCAGCGCCGACGAUGCCGAGGUCGACGACUACGGCCACGACGACAACAAGGGCAGGCGCCGCAACCGCAUCGAAGGCUCUGACGACGGCGACGACCGCGACACCCACUCCAUCGAGGCAGUCAGGAACUACCAAGACGAAAACGAGCAGCACGCCUCGAACCGGCAGCAGCAGCCGCCAAAGCCCCAACCCGCUAGGUCCAUCCGCCGUUCGCUCUCGCAACCCGCGCUCGACCAGCGACCCCGCGGAUCUCGCAACACGGCAACGCCGCCCGUCCUGGCUCAGCAAAAGACCAACAUUCCAGUCGCCGCGGGCCCGCCCCUCAAGUCCUCAGUCUCGACCAUCCUCGGCUCGGCCAGGUCCACCAAGCUGCCCGCGCCUUCGCGAAGCGCGACGGCGCCAGUCAAUCGCGAACCUCCGACAACGCCAAGCCUGUUCGCCUACGAAAGCGGUCCCGGCUCCGGCAUCAAGAACAUCUCCAAGCUCAAGACCGUCUCUGGCAAGAGCAGCGCGCCGAGCAUCGCCAGCGCAAAGGGAUCUGAGCGAACGACAAUCCGCAACGCUCGCGGGGAAAUCGAGUGGAAGGAUGCUCCGCCAAUGCCCGCCCCGACCACUGGGCACCUCAGCGGACUGGCGUACCAGCACCAGGUCUACCAGGCGCAGCAGAGGGGCGUGCCGGUCGACUCGAUCGGCGGCGACAGCGGCAGCGGCGCCGGCGAUCACCAACACCGACUCGACCGAGCCCGGUCAAAGUCGGUCGGCCGCCUGGACAAGCGGGCCGAGUCUUCGAGGAAGGACACGUGGUCGCCGAGCCAUGAAGUCGCACCGCUGCCGGGCAGCGCGGCAAAGGCCGUCUCGCCCCAGAUCCCUUACAAGGCCAUCGGCACGGCUAGCUCGGGCCCUGCGGGAGGCUCCUUGCGCAGCCCUAGAUCGACUGCGCGCGACGGCCUUCGAGGUAUGGCGGCCAGCAUCAGCAGCGGCAAGCUGCUGCGCAUGGGCACACGGAAGCCCAGGACAGAUCGUUCCGACGACGGCGAGACGAUCGACGACAGCUCAAGGGAUGAGAGCACCAUCCGACAGCCCAAGGAGGAUCCGACCGAAGCCGAAGAGAGGCGCAAAGCGGAGCAGUGGGAGCGCGAGAGGGAGGCGCGCAACGCCGCCGACCGCCACGAGGCAGCCGAACGCAAGAAGCGCCAGGAGGAAGAAGAGGCGCUGGCGAAGCGUGCCGCCGAGCGAGCCCAGGCCAAGAAAGAGGAAAAGGAGCGCCGAGAGCGCGAGGCCGCCCUGGCCGCCGAGCAGGAGCGCCUCGCCAAGGAGAAGCGCCUCGCGGAAAAGGCGGCUCGCAAGGAAGCCAAGGAGCGCGCCGAGCGCGAGGCCGAGGAGCGCCGGGUCCGCGAGGAAAAGGAGGCCGAGGAGCGGCGCGUCCGCGAAGAAAAGGAGGCCGAGGAAAGACGGGCCCAAGAGCAAAAAGAGGCAGAGGAGCGGAAGGCGCGCCGUGCCGAGGAGAAACGUCGGAAGCGCGAAGAGGCCGAACGCGAAAGGGCGCGCCAGGCGGCCGAGGAAGAGGCUCGCCUGGAGCGGGAGCGCCUCGAGGCCAUCGAGGCCGAAGCCCGCGCCGAGGAGGAGGCCAAGCAACGCGCCAUCGAAGCCAGCGAGGCCGAAGCAAGGCAGCUGGCCGACGCGCGUCGCCAGGUCGACGAGGAGGAUCGCCUCGCUCGUCAGGCGGGUCGGCGCGACGCUCGCAGGUUGAAGCGGGCACAGGCUGCGGGCGUCGAGGUUGAGGACCUGUCCGAGUCGGACGAAGAUGCCGACGACGGGUCCGAGGAUGGCGAGGAAGUGUUUGCCGACGCGCAAGACAUGGAGAGGACCGGGUCGGACCUCCAUGCCCCCUCGAGCGUCGAGUCGAGCGCCGACAUGCCCGUCACGCCCGCCGACGAAGCCAUCGACGCCAUGCACGGCGAGAAGUGGAAGCAAGCCGCAUCGCAGGGCGCCGGCCCCGACUCGACGGCGACGACGCCGGUAGAGGAGCAGGACAAGGCUUUGAAGGCCAGGGAUGCCAACGCGUACCGUUCCGACCGGUUCCGAGCGGCUGUCAUGGGCGGCGCACGGAAAGCCGCUCCGGACUCAACGCCCCUAGCCACGCCCGCCCUUGAAGGCGCCGCUCACGAGGUCGACGGUGGUGACGACGGCGACGAUCAGAUCGUUCAGCCCAAUGGGCCCUACCGCGAGGGCGGAAUCACGUACGGCCGGGGCUGGUGCUCCCACGGCCUUGCCGAUCCGACGUUGCUGGUCAGCCACCGGCGCAUCGUACGCACCCUCAGACCGCCCGCUACCAAAGAGGAAAAGGAGACCCCACGAAAAGGCGAGGACGACGACGCGGCUGCCGAUGCACCGACCGAGGACACGGCAGCAGCGCCAGAGCCCGAGCACAGCCAAAUGCAGGAGCCGACCGAGCCGGCGGAGCCCGAGUACGACGAGGCGAUCUACAGCGACCUGGGCGAGCUGAUCUGGUCGUCGACAACCCCGGACGUCAUCGCACGCCUGGUCAGCCACCUCGACUACGCCGACGUCAAGGCGCUGCGUCAGACGUCGCAGUCGAUCCGAUUCGCUCUCGGCCAGCUCGCCGGACGCGAGAUUGUGCUCUCGCGCUUCCUCGGCCAGGUGGGCUACCAGAGCUGGAAGUCGACCUGGACCCACUCCGAGGGCGACGAUGCGCUCGUGGUCAAGGACCCGCUCCCGCUGAGCUUCUCGGACUGCGAGGCGUUCCUGCUGAGCUACGACCUGCUGCCCGAGUACCGCCUGGUGGGUGCUGAGUACGCAAAGGCGCCUCACAAGGUGGACCCGCGCUACCCGCGCCUGGCCCGCGCCACGACCCGGAGCUACAACCGCGUCCUCGCCCGCCUGCGCAUGCAGCCCACCUUUGUCCUGCCGAGCGCCCAGCCGGCCUCGUCGCAGCUGUCGCCCCUGGCGACCCAGGGCACCUUUGGCCAGGCCGGCGCCACCCACACUCCAGAACGCUCGCCCGCUCUGGGCGCCAAGGCGACGUUUGCCGGCGACGAGGCGUCGUGGUCGAUGCCGAGGAUCACGAGCCCCUGGAAGCCCGGCCGGGCCGCCCUGUUCCGGGUAUGGGUCCCGAGCUGCGAGGAGGGCGGCUGGUUGAGCGAUGCCGAGCUUUCGCGGUGCGAGCGCGAGCUGUUCAUCGCCGGCGUCUGGUCGUUCCUCAAGCGGGGCGACGUGGUCUGGGACUGCGCCAUCGGCGACGAGCGCAACGUCGGCAAGUACAUGUUCGACGGGCGCUACCUGCGCGACCUCAGCUUCAUGUUUGACCGUACGGGCCACCUGCCCUCGUGGAUCAACGCCUUCUCGUACGCGCCGAGCUACUACCACAACAUCAUCCGCUCGUCGUCUUCGGCGCAGCCGAUCGUCUACCUCGACGUGCUGCCCUGGAGGGACCAGAUUGUCUCGACGAUGCGGCUGGUCCAGGACCAGGUGGAGACGUUCAACCCGCAGGGCGCGCGGUACCGCAUCUCCAAGUGGCUCUACCGCGCCGUCUUCAACGUGACGCCCGGGCAGAUUAUCAGCGACGAGGGCCUCGAGGUGGUCGACGCCGGCUGGCACGGGCGGAUCGUCAUCGAGACCGAGGGCACGGCGGAGCACGCCAAGGAGCUCAUUAGCCGAUGCGCGGGUCCCGCCGAGAGCGCCCAGACCAAGGCGAGGCUGCUGGCCAGCGUCAUGGACGCCGACGGCCAGCCGCGCAUCCCAAAGGCCCCCGCACCCACCCGCGACGCCUCUGGCCAGAAGAUUGAGACGACGACGCCGUGGGCCGUGAUCCGCGCGCGCUCCCGGCCCGGCAUGAUCUGGAUCCGGCCCAUCGACAUGCGCGAGAGGGUAACCUUCUGA